AUAGGAUGUUUCCAUACCUAUGUAUAUGACUUUGGUUGGGGGUGUGAAUCUCAGUGUUUUUAAUAAUUAUGAUUGGCAAGGGUUCUUGUGUCAUAAUAAUAGGUGUCAUAAUGGGAUGAAGUUGAUGUUGUUUAGAAGCACAGAUCAAUUUCUGUCUUUUUUUACGACAUGACAAUGUUUCAACAUUAGCUCAUUGAAUUUUGAAUAGGUUAUGUGUUCGUGAAUCAUUUUCAAAAUUGCACCCGUGAUGGAAACAGUGAGUGAUCUGCAUGCCAAGUACCAGAAACUGGCUACAGAAUACUCUAAGAUGCGGGCCCAGACGGGCGUGCUGAAGGCGGCCGUGCUGGAGGAGCGCGGCCUGGUGGCGGAGCUCCGGGAGCAGGCGCGCCAGAAGGAGCAGCGCGUGCGCAAGGCCCAGCAGGAGAUGGACGGCCUGACGUUCCGCAACCAGCAGCUGGCCAAGAGGGUGGCGGUGCUGCAGGACGAGCUGGAUGUGGCCCAGAGUCGGACGAGAAAAGGUAGGGGCAAAGGUUCCGGAGAUCCUGGAUACACAGCUGAGAGCUCGAACCAUGUCCUGGAUGAAGAGUUUCAUAACAAAAUCGAGGAAAAUGCUCGUCUGCUAUCUCUGCUGCAGGAGAAGGAGGACGCACACCAGCAGGAGGUGUGUGCGCUCACGGACCGGCUCCGGCACCUGGAGCAGGAGCUGCAGGACAGACACCAAGUCACCAGCGAGUCGGAGGAGAACUUCAAGGUCGCGGUAAAUCGGCUGGAGCAGGAGAAAGCUGAGCUGCAGGAGGCGGCGGCGGCGAGGGACUCUGCCAACGACCAGCUGGUCUCCUUGCAGCAUCAGUACUACCAACUGCAAAGGGAGCUGGGCUCGCAGCUCCAGGCCACGAAUAGCAUCGUUCGGUACCACCUGCCAUUCGUCGACACCAAAAAGGAGGACCUGAACGAGCUGAACGUCCCGCGCUACGACCGCAGGCAGCAGCUGUACGCCGUGCACGUCCUGACGCAGGCGGGGAACCACGUGAAGGAGGUGGCGUCGGCGCUGUCCGACUACCACACCUACACGGAGCAACGGUUGCACACACUGUCCGACAGACUGAGCCACGCCAACUGCAGGUUUUCUGCUCACUUGAAGGAGAAUGCGCGGUACCUGCGGGCGUUGGAGCAAGGCUACGUGGAAUUCCAGCGAGGCAUAGAGUACGGGGAGAGCCUCGUCAGCCUGGAGUGCUUGUCGUCGCUGCAGUGUCUGUCGUCGCCUCUGGCCGCGUACACCAGCUACUUCACCAAGCUGGCAUCGUCCCACGUGCUCAGCUUGGAGGAGGAGAGUGCUGCAAUGUCUGCCACGGAGAAGCUGUGUGCGGCCAACAAGGAAGUGCUUGGUCAUUUCACAGCCGUGGGUGCCCAGAUUUCCAAGCUCAACAUGUAUGUCAAACUGCUUGCAUCUCAGAGCAGAAGAUCCGGUCAGAACCCUCCGUCCUCACAGGCAAGGCUGCUGUCGGAACUGACGACGGUGGUGGCUGCGCUUCAUGAUGCCUUCAGAGAUAUGCAGAGGUCGUGGACCAGAAAGACUGAAGUAGAGAGUCAGUUGCCUACUACGUCUGAGAAGAUGCGCACAACUAACACUUGCCUAACCAAUGCUCUCGCUGCGGUUGUCGCUUCUCUUGGCAAGUUGUCGGGUCUGCUACGCGAUAGCCGCUCGGAGCUGUGCCGUAGUUCCGUACCUUCCUCCCAGACACACCCUGUCGUGGCGAGGUACAAGCGUCGAGCAGUGGCCUACAUGAACUGCCUGGAGCAGGAGGAGCCUCCCUCUGUGCCGUACGACGACGCACUGAGGGAGCGCGAGCAGAUGCGCAGCACAGUGAGCUCCAUGCGCGCCCUGCAGAGCCAGCUGCUGGAUGCACAGCAGAGGGUUGCUCGCCUCGACCAGGAGAAGGAGCACUGGAAACUGGAGUUCCAGUUGCUGGAGCUCAGGCACUCCAAGAAAGUGAGGGAGCUGGAGGAGGGACUGGCGGCAGCGACGGGCCAGGCGGGAGAGCCGCCUCGACCCAGGAGUGAGACGGAGACAACUCCCCCUGUGAACCUCACCAGUCUGCUGGGGCGACUGGACAGCCCGUUGCCUGUGCUGGGGGCGGAGGUGGAGGCGCGGGAAGAGGAGGUGAAGAGGUACUUCAAGGGCAAGAUAAAUGAGCUGGUGGAAAAGGUCCAGGAUAUGGAGACCAAGGCAUCCAUGUACUCCUACGAGUGCGACAGCAUGCGGGAGCGGCUGGAGCUGUGCGUGGCGGGCAAGCAGAGCUCGGACGCCAGCCUGGGCCAAGUGCAGGAGGGGGCGGCCCGGCUGCAGGAGGAGCUGGCCACCACCACCGAGAGCUACGAGCUGCAGCUGCGCAUCAUGUCCGAGCACCUGGCGGGCAUGAACGACAAGCUCACAGCGCAGCAGGACGAGAUCGACCAGCUCAAGUACCAGCUCACCGCCAAGCCUGGUUGGAAGGGAAAGCAGAAGUGAAGGAACAACCAAAUGCUGUGAUAAGCAGAGCCAUUUCCUGCCUUUGUGGGUCCCCAACGCAGCCUGCAGUCUUCACAAACAGACGUGUAACCACCGACUGUUGGCACGGGCAAGUGAUAUGGACCUGUACUGGUGGGUUCAAUUGGUUGACUGUUUGUAGUCAUUUGUGAACAAAGAAAUGUUGGGUAAAAGAUUUUCAUCCUAAAUUGUUUCCUAGCUAUUGAAAUUAUAAGUAUUGUUUGUAUUUAAUUUUUUUACAGCAUUACCAAUGUGUUUAAUUUGUUGUGAUGUAAGCUAGACGUAGCCACUGUUGAGUUUGUUCCUACCAAUAUGCUUUGUGAAUAAGCCUCAUAUAUUAAUUUUUAUCUAUAUUUCCUGAUGAAAUAUUUCAUCUCUGUACAUUAUGUGAGUAAUAUAAUUUUUCUUUAGUAAAAUUUAUUGCGAUGCACACAGCUGUUAGCUUAUUAAGUUGAUCAAAUGUAUUUUGAGUAACUUUCUUCAUUGGUCACACUGAUAGCUGAUAAAUGCUUUCACAAUUUAUAGCCUAGUUUAUAAAGCAAAAUCAUGGUUCAGAAGGAAAAGUUAAAUAUACCAAUAAAUCAUACAUUUAUACUUCCCUUCUGCCUUCUGUAAUUUUUAUACCAUAGUAGGUUGGUGCAUAUUAAUCUACCUUAAUCAGUUUAUUUGUACUAUUUAUUUCCUUAUUCCUAUUUAGCAGUUGUUCAUGGAAUUAUGGAAGAAGAAAAUACAUAUUUUUACACAGAUUUACGUGAAUACUUGUUAGAAGGUAUGUUGCUGGUAUCACAGUUUUAUUUUUUUAUUUUUAACAUUUUUGUAUAUUCUAAAUAUUAUAUUAUUGCCAUGAUUUUGCAUGGAGUUUGUUUUAUAAAAAUUUCCUAUAAGCUAACUGACAAUGUUUGACUAACAUUGCAUCAGUCAUUUCUGUUUUUGCUCUUUUUAACUAUCACUUGUAAUGGUUAUAAAAAUUACUCUAAUUAAAUAAUCUGUCCAUUCUAAUUUUUAUCUCGGUUCUCAAUUUGGUUACAGUUCUUAAAAAUCUGUUGUCAGUUCUAGGUUAACCCCCAACUUAAUUUUCAGUUUCACCAAAGAUACAGUAUGUUCUGAUAGAUGUUGUGUUUAUUUGUUCAGUAUGACUUCUAAGUACCCCACUAUAUCAUAAUUCCUCCACAAACAAUUCCUCUAGCUCCUAGGCAACAUAUGUGUUUAAUGUGUCUCUAGGUGGCGACAGUAGUACAGAACCUACAUCCUAUAGUGCUGAAAAAUCUAGUAAUACAUAUUAGGUUACAGGUUUUUUUUCUUUGCUGAGACAAUAUUUAAUUUAGGCACACUAAAAAAUUGCUUUAAAAAAAGUAAUAUCUUCACAUUAGAUUAAGUAAAUUAUGAAAAAAAAACCAUCAUAACAGUAGCAGCACAUCAAAGCAAUUGCAAGUUAUGUAUUAUAAUGGGUAAUGGAUGUAACCCUCAAGUAAACAAAGGUCUGUUAUAUACACACAUUAUUUGUUGGUUGAGUUAGAAGUGAUGUAGGGCUACAGGAGUGGUAGCAAACAUCUACAGUUCAUUACAAGACAAGUAUAAACAAUGGUAGUUUAUUUUUAAUUUAAGAGUUUAAAAAGUACAUAAAUAUUGAGCCUGUGUUAUUUUUCCAGGGGUCAACUUUCAGUUAAAAUGAUUAUCCCUGUCUCAAAAUAAAAAGAGUGACAAAAAAGGUUUGGGGGAGGGGGGUUUCUCAGCACAAAGAACUCUUGUUUACGUGGACACAUCCUACUGGUGCAGCGGUAUAUUUCCAAUUGGUCCUGAAGGAUGGGAAAAGGUAGGGAAGCUUUCAACCAGUUUGAUAGUUGUGUAUGUAGGUUGCACCAAAGAAAUGUACCAUAUUUAAUUUACCCACAAAAUGGUCGUACCCAUAAUUCUGGGCAAAAAAUCAAAAAUUUUCACCAUAAUAUAAGUUGCGCCAUAUAACUGUCUCCAGUAGAAUACACGUGAUGUCUCUAAGGUCCUGUCUCAUCUUAUUGCCGCGUGAGAAACGGCACUGAUAUCCUUUGUCUUUCCCCUCUUCAUACUUUAUGGCCCUUCCUUCCCCCUCACCCUUCAACGCUCACUAUCUAACAAAAAAUUACAAAGGAAAAUAAUGCUAUAUCCAUGUUUCCCUUUCCGUCUUCCCCAAGAGAGAAAAUACCACAAGCUAUUUUUAACUAUCUUCUCUUCUAAUUUUUUGUCAGUUGCUUCAAAGAAAACAAGCAUGUCCUUUACAGCAGUUUUGUCAUGAAUUAAAUGUUGCAGUAGAAAGCGUAGGAAUCUCACGCAAAAACAAUGCUUGGACACAGUUGCACCACAAAAACCUGUCAAGAUAGACGGGAUAAUUGUGUACGGUGCCAGUUCACUACAUCGAGAGAGAGAGAACCAUAAACACUGCUGCAUGGCCACACACACUCAAACACACACACACACGCAUUCCUUUCCCUCCACCACUCUUUCUGGCUGGUUUAAUUUUAGAUUCCCUCUCUUGCCGAGCGUCAACCCUGCGGCAGACAGCCAGUUACUUACUGUGCCGGCGACAGGUGACAGAUGUAGCUUAGUGGUGCAGUUCAUGAUGCUUUACACUCACUGCUGAUAUACAUAUUAUAUUUACCCGUGACAUAUUUAUUAAAAACCAGCACAGGCUAGUUAUUUAAGCAUAUAGUCAACCACAACAGUGCAAUGUUAUUUUUAUUUUACCCAAAAAGGAAUUUUGUGCAUAUGGGUAGCAGUAAAUUUUAUCAAACAAAAAAUUGGCAUAAAUUCUGCUAUCUGUAUGCGGGUAAAUAUGGUACGUCCCCCUAAAACAGAGUUUUUACCCCGUUUUACAGGAGAAGUCUAUAUUAUUUUCACCUAAAGAUUUGGCUGUUAAGUUUUCUGAAGUAUCGUGGUUAACACCAGCCCCCCCCCCCCCCCCCCCCCCUUUUUUAUUUAUGUUUUCAGUGGCAGUGACUUUUCUUAGAACCUGAAUUGAGAACCGGGACUGGGACCGACCCAUCACCACUAUAUUGCAUUUGGAAUUCAAAUAGUACUACCAGCCUUCCAGAAAGUACUAUACGUCAUGCAACACUAAAAAAGUACAUAUGUACUGUAUUUUUAUCAUGUAGAUGAAAUGUAUAAACACAAUUCAUUAUGUAGCCUACUAUUAAAAUUCCAACCAAUUUACCCUGAUUAAAGUUUUGUACUGAAAGCUGUAAUAUCACUAGAGAUGUAGUGAGAAUUUUAUAAUGACUUUUCUGAAUUUGUGAGGUAACUUUUUUGGGGCAGUGUUGUAUCCAUAAGAUUAGAAAUAAAAAUGGGUGUAACUGCUGUGUUACAAAUAAUGGAAGUUAUUCUUGUUUAAACAAUAUAAAGUUAGUAGUCUCAUAUUUAUUUUAUUUAAGAUAUGAAAGAAUGUUGUAAUUACGGUUAUAUGCCUUGUGAUAGUUUCCUGUUAGUAGAAAAUGAUGUUUUGUAUGUAGUUAAACAUAAUUUGAAUUGAAGUGAUCUGGGUGUGCAGAUUUUGAUGUAAUUUUAUUGGUAAAAUUUUAACAACCAAGGAUUUUUGGUCUGGAAGGAUUCUUGAUAGUUAAAGUUAAUAGAGAAAAAGUAUAAUUUCUAUUGAGUUCCUGUUUAACAAUUAUUUGAUGAUUCUGGAAACAAUUACAAAGUCUAAAAAUUAUGGUUAUGAAUUAUUAUAGCAGUUCAUAUGAAUAUUUAUUUUAUUUAUAAUUUUUUUGUGCUGUAGUUUUGUUUUCCACACAGUGUCUGCUUGUGGCGAAGAAAGGGAUUUACUUUCUAUUAUUGAUAAUUGAAAUAUUAAGUUGUGUAUGGGCUUAAAUGUAAUUAUUUAUUUUUUAGCAAUGAAUUAGGAGCUACUACAUUUGAUAUAAACUGAAAAAUAAUUGGGGGUGGUAAUUUCAGUGUAUGAAGAGUUUGGGAAGAAGACUCUAGAUUUCCUGUUGAGUUUGUUUAUUUCAGUUGUAUAUCUUAGUAUGUUGAGGAAUAUUAUUUUUUUGCAGUUAAUACAGACACAUUCUGUUUAUGUUAUUUUUUUAAAUAUUUUUUCAUAUAUUAUUUGUACUACGAUACAUUCUACCUAAUUAAAUAUGUGUACGUAAAUGAUUAUUUGUUCAUUUUUAUAAGUAGUAGUACUUUAUUUUUUUUAAUUAUUGGUUCAGAUAUUUAUAUUUGAAUUGAAAAUCUAUUUAUUCCUACUGUUGUCAUUUUGGUUUGACCUGUAGAAAGUCUCUUAGUUGAUGCUUGUGUAGUAGAAAGGUCACAGUAUCUCUCUGAGCUGGAUGGUGACAAGUUACUAGUUGAAGAUGAUUUUGAUACACAAGGAAGAGUUAUUUUUGAAUUUUUUUAAAUGUUGUAAUUCUUUUUAAGUUAAUUUUUUUAAAGUGCUAUAUAGUAAAUACAUAAUGCAACUACAGUAUGUAAAGGCCUGUAUACAUAACUGCAAAGUUUUGUAUUUACUUUGAUGAAUUUUUGUGGUCAUUGUGCAUGUAUAGUAGGACUUAAGUAUUGUACAGCUGUAAUAUUUGUACACCAAUAUAAUUAAAAUAUUUGGAAAUAUGCAUCAAAGAAA